CAGCGAUUCAAUCAACAAAUUAAUUUCCAGUAUUAGGUGCACCGCAGUGAAAGUAAUACAAUAAAAAAGAAUGGAAGUCAAAUUUUCAAUCAACAAUCGACCAUUUACAGUGAAUCCAUCAACAGUUCCGGUCGAUACAACGCUGAAUACAUUCAUAAGAAGUUAUGCCAGGUUGACGGGAACGAAAUUUAUGUGUCUGGAGGGUGGUUGCGGCGUUUGUUGCGUCAAUAUUACUGGAUUAAAAACUGCUUCGAAUGAAUUGCGAUCAAUUGCAGUGAAUUCAUGUCUUUGGUUAGUAUACUCAUGCCAUGGACUGAAUGUGACGACAAUCGAAGGUCUUGGUGGCCGUGAGUAUGGUUACCAUCCGAUCCAGCACACACUUUACGAAUACAAUGGCAGUCAAUGUGGUUAUUGUUCGCCCGCAAUGAUUAUGAAUAUGUAUAGUUUACUUGAGCAAAACGGUGGUAAAGUGACGGUAAAACAGGUGGAAAAUUCAUUUGGUGGAAAUAUGUGCCGAUGUACUGGAUAUCGACCAAUUUUAGACGCGUUCAAAUCACUAACAAUCGAUUCGCCCGUCAAUGACAUUGAAGACGUUGCCACGGUGUCAUGUUGUCGCCCGAAAAAAUCAACACAUUAUCGUCACACAUCAAUCAGUUGCGGAACAACAUCGCUCGGUGAAGUUUGUAAUAUGCUGCACUUGACGUUUUGCGACAGUCGCGUAUGGUAUCGCAUUACAUCAUUGCAACAAUUACUUGACACACUGCGAACCAUAAAAGACGAAUACAUUUUAGUGGCCGGAAAUACAGCGCAUGGUGUGUAUCGACGGUCAAAUACCAUAAAGCAUUUUAUUGAUGUAAAUGCGGUUGCUGAAUUGCACAAAGUAUCAAGUCGCCGAAGUAAAUUAACGGUCGGUGCAAAUGUUUCGCUGAACGAAUUUAUGGAUAUUUUGGAAAGUGUUGCAGCAGACAAACCAGACUUUGCUUACGGCAAAGAAAUGGCACAACACAUUGAUUUGAUCGCAACAGUUCCAGUGAGAAAUACUGGAACAAUAGCGGGUAAUUUAAGUCUAAAGCACGAACACAACGAAUUUCCAUCCGAUAUUUUUCUACUAUUGGAAGCGAUUGGUGCUGAAUUGAACAUCAUUUCAGUCGAUGGAUCGAUGGAGUCAUAUUCACCGAAGCGUUACUUGUCAUUGGACAUGCGACAAAAGGUCAUUUUGAAUAUUUCACUUCCAAAGCUACCCAGCAAUCAGUUUACAUUUCGAUCGUAUAAAAUCAUGCCCCGUGCUCAAAAUGCGCAUGCAAUGGUAAAUGCAGCAUUUUUAUUUGAGUUUGAAACUGUUGGUGUAAAAAAGUCGGUAAAAUCAUGUCAUAUCUGUUAUGGUGGAAUCAAUCCAAAAUUCAUUCAUGCCGAACAAACCGAACAACUUUUAACCGAUGUCGAUGAUUUAUAUACGAAUGAAAAUAUUCAAAAAGCGAUUGCGUGUUUACAAGAAGAGUUGAAUCCAGAUGAUGUGUUACCAGAUCCAUCUCCAGAGUAUCGAAAACGAUUGGCCAUUGCAUUGUUUUAUCGAUUUUGUUUAAAUACAAUUCCAACAGCUAAGAAAAUUAGAUAUGAAUUUCGAACGGGUGCCAAAGCAAUUGAACGAUCAUUGUCUUCAGGAACACAAAGUUUUGAUACCAAUGAAAAUUUAUGGCCAUUGACCGAACCGAUUUUGAAGAAUGAAGGGCUUAUACAAUGUUCAGGGGAGGCACAG